AUGGAUCCGGGGCCUCCUCCUGGGGGGCGCCUCCCGCCGCCGCCGCAGCUGCUGCUGCUCGGGUUCCUCCUCCCCGGCUCAGCCUCUCGCAUCGCCCGCAGCGCCGGCGGCGGAGGCGGCAGCGGCGGCGGCACCGGCGGCGGCGGCACCGGCAGACCUCUCCAACUCGCAGCCGUCUCGCCCGCCCCCACACACACACACACACGCACACGCACACACACGCACGGCCGCCCCGCCGGCCCCCGCCCCUUCCCCCCGCUCCCCGGCCCCUCACCCGCCCCUCGCGCGCCGCCGCUGCCACUCACGGGGCCCGCUCCGCGCACGCGCCGCUCCCCUCCGCCCGCGGACGCGCCGCCGCCGCCGCUGACCUCACCGCCCCUCCCCCCGCCCGGGGCUCCCUCCGCGCCCCUCCCCCGCCCCUCCCGCUCUGACGCGGCGGCCGGCCGAGCCCGCGGCUGCUCCGGCUCCGGCUCCGGCUCCGGCUCGGGAGAGAGGCAAGCUGUGGACAAAGAGAUCCGGAAUCGGGAUCCGGGCGACGGAGGCCCCGGGGAAGCUGUGGAGACACACACGCACACACACACACACACCCCAAAAACGUCCCCCGAGAGCGAGCCCGGCGUGCCUCGGGGCGCCCCGGCACAGCCGCCGUCGCCCAUCCGCCCUCCCUGCGAGCGUGUGGAGACCCGGGCAGAGGACGCCGCUCGCGCUGUGGAGGAAAAGCAAUGGAGUUCAACUUCGUGA